AUGGCGACAUUGUCGACUCUCGACGUGAACACGACGAGUUCUGCGGUUGUUUCAUGGCGCUGGAACGAGGUCACACGAUUCUUGGCAGAGCCCGAUCCUCAAAUCAGGGAUAUCACCUUCACAACACGAUUCGAUAACACGGCGACGUUCUUCCAGUUGAACAUACCUAUCCGGAUCAAGGGGAUCAAGACCGGAACAUCCUUGAUCCUUCGUAUUCCUCCCUCAUCGAUCUCCUCCUUCGAAGUGACAGCCCAAAGCCCUGCAGUCCCGAGUGCUGUGCGGGAAAAGUUCCCUUCGAGCACGAGUACGCUCCUCGACUUUCAACUCAACGCGCAUCCCGAAAUCCUCGUCCCCACACAGGCACAAGAACCGCUGGCCCCUCUGCGAGCCCAAUCGGGCACAGUUCUCGAUGCUCUACAUGAGCUCGCGAACAGCACUGCGCUAUCGAUCUAUAUCAAAGGUGCACACAAGGCACAGCUUCAACCUGUCUGCGACAUCAUCGGCAAAGGCAACGGCCUGCCGCUCGUCAUUCAACAUGAUCUCCUCAGCAUGUUUGGUGGUGUAGGCGCCAAGGUCAUCACAUUCCCAGCGCCUCCGACAGAGUCACUGCCACCGCCGUCAUACGACCAAACUGAACCUCCACCCCCUCAUGCACCAAUUUUCGACACGCGAAAACGGCGUCGCAAAGACGAUGGAGGAGAAGAACGCGACGAGGACAUCGCCCUGAUUUGGGCACAGCUGGAGAAAAUACAAACACGACAUGGGCUGGAGCUCAAGGCUUUGAGAGAAGAGAAUCUGGAUCUCAGGGAUGAGGUCGACGACCUACGAAAGCGUCUUGCUGCCUCUGAGAAGAGCCAUCAAGAUUUGAAAGAGGAAUUCGACGCAUUGACAACGAGAACGGAUGUCAAAGUCGACGAGUUGGGUGAUGAGAUCGAUGUCAAGCUUAUCGAUACAAAGUCAGACAUACAAGAACUGACUGAGAGUGUCAAGUCCUUGAGGGAGGAUGUCGAUCCGGAUGAGCUGGUUGAUCGAGUGAAAUACAAGGUUUUCGACCAUCUAAGAACCAGUCUGUCUCACGAUAUGUCCCCAGCCGGUUGA